AUGGUACGACCAUCAUUCCCAAGAUUAUCUGCAUUUAAAUCAACGUACGGAGGAUUUCACCCUCAUCCACCCACUAGAUGGCAACGCGGUGCAGCUAAAGCACUUGGUGCAACAAUGUGGUUCUUUAUGUUUUAUCGAAUUCGUGAGGACGGUCAACAGGUCUUUUUGGGCCGACAUCCAUGGGAUCAUGGUCAUGACGCAUCUGAAGAAUCUCAUUGA